AUCACGACAUACUUUUUCUUGGCCCCUAACAACACCAUCCCCCUUGGCCCUUUUCGGCCCUUUGACUACUAAUGAUAAGAGAUGGUGAUGUUAAUUAUUAAUAUCAAUAAUAAUAAUAAGAAAAAGAUAAAAGAAUCACAUAUAUGCAGCCGAAUACAACCAAUACCAAUACCCUCUUAAGAAUAAGAGAAUUAUUAUAUAUCUGGCGAGCGGGUUUUGGCUUUAUCAUCUUGAUAUCCUCGUUAUCUUUAUCUGCGAUUGCCAUUGUCAAUGCUAAUGGGCGCGCGCUCUAAUUCAAUUGUGCGCGUACCUGCAGCAUAUAAUUAUAAUGUCAAAUCCUUAGUUGUUUGGAUAUUAUUACUUUCAUGUGCAAGCAUGUCAAUGUCAUAUUCAGAUGUUGAGGCGUUGUUGAAGUUCAAGGAUUCAUUAACAAAUGUGGUGGCCCUGAGUAAUUGGAAUCCAUCCAUAAACUCAAAACCACCUUGCUCUGGAAACAUUCCUAAUUGGGCGGGCUUGCUUUGCUUGAAUGACAGGGUGUGGGGGUUACGCCUUGAGAGCAUGGGGUUAACCGGAAAUAUCGAUCUGGGAUCUCUUGCUUCAAUGCCGGCAUUGCGGACACUUAGCCUAAUGAACAAUACCUUUGUGGGUUCCUUACCCAACAUCAAUAUGUUGCCCAGUUUGAGGGCCCUCUACUUGUCCUAUAAUCAUUUCUCGGGGCAGAUACCCGACGAUGCAUUUGUAGGUAUGCGCAGGUUGAGGAAAGCGUAUUUGGCCAAUAACGAGUUCACCGGUAAAAUUCCUUCCUCUCUUGCUACCUUGCCUACUCUCCUCGUCCUCAGGCUUGACGCAAACAAGUUUGAAGGUCAAAUCCCCGAUUUUCAACAGAAGAAUAACAAUAAUAAUAAAUUGAAGAUAAUAAACUUGUCUAACAAUGAUUUAGAGGGUCCCAUCCCGCUCAAUCUAAGAACCUUCGGUGCCUCUUCUUUUAGCGGAAAUGUGCGUCUAUGCGGGCCGCCUUUAACGAAUAAGUGUCAAUUAGGUGGGGAGAGUAAAAUGCUCGUCAUGAAAAUUUUACUUACUGUGAUCAUGAUAGCAUUUAUACUAGCCAUUGUGAUUUCAAUAUUGGUCAUCUCCCGCUUGAGGUCUCAAAAGCAGCUAGAUAAAGUCUCUUCUGCAACCUCAACAACGUUCCAUGUGCAGACCUCCAAUAAAUAUGUUAAUCCACCUGUUUAUGUGAAAACCAAAAGCCUCGCUGAACACUAUGAUCCUCGAAGUCCUAAGCAGGAUCGUCAUCAUUCCAAGAGAGGAGAACAAGGAAAACUUAUAUUCCUCAGACAGGAUGGGCUCAAGUUUGAUUUACAGGAUUUGCUAACGGCGUCUGCUGAAAUUCUAGGUAGUGCCUCAUUUGGGUCUUCCUACAAGGCUGUGAUUUUGGAUGGUCGGGCUGUGGUUGUCAAGAGGUACAAGCAGAUGAACAAUGUGCCAAGAGAAGAGUUCCAUGAGCACAUGAGAAGGAUGGGAAACCUCGACCAUCCCAAUGUUCUACCUCUCCUCUCCUAUUAUUAUAGAAGAGAAGAGAAGCUUUUGAUAUCUGCCUUUGUUCACAAUGGUUGCUUGGCCAGUCAUCUUCAUGGUAACCACAACUAUCAGAAGCCAGGACUUGAUUGGCCAACCCGUUUGAAAAUUGUGAAAGGUGUAGCUAGGGGUUUGGCUUAUCUAUACAGUGCACUCCCUAAUGUGAUUGUGCCUCAUGGUCAUCUUAAAUCUUCCAAUGUGCUUUUAGAUGAAUCCUUUGAGCCCCUACUAACUGAUUAUGCCCUCAGUCCUUUGAUCAAUCUUGACCAUGCCCAAAAAAUCAUCAUGCCUUACAAAUCCCCUGAGUAUGCUCAACUUGGCCGCAUUACAAAGAAAACCGAUGUCUGGAGUUUUGGGAUUCUAAUAUUGGAGAUCCUAACGGGUAAAUUCCCAGAGAACUAUAUCACAAAUAGACAUAAUAGUGAUUCUGAUGUAGCUAGUUGGGUAAAUGCAAUGAUUACCGAGAAGCGCACAAGUGAUGUAUUUGACAUAGAGAUGGGAGGAGUAGGAAGUAGUAAGGCUGAAUUGCUCAAACUCUUAAAGAUUGGCCUCAGUUGUUGUGAGGAGAAUGUGGAAAGAAGGUUGGACAUCAAAGAGGCUCUCGAGCAGAUUGAAGACUUGAAAGAGGGUGUAAUUGAUACUGUACUUGGAGAAUACUCUGCGUCUCUUAUCACCCCCGAAAGGGAUGCUUAUAGAGCUGUGUGAUCAAUAAUUGUUUCAUUUUAAUUGGAAGAUUUCCCCUUUAAGAUCAAUAUACGCAAUUAAAUUUGAAUCAAUUCUUUCAAUUA